AUAGGCACUGACUGGAAUUUUAUCCACGAUAAACUGGCCGACUGUGGGUAGUUAAUUCGCCCCUGAGGUUCGCUGUUGGAAAACCACGCUGUGAUGUCGGCGUAAUCAAGGCUAUUAAUUUUUUCCCUCCUUUUUAAAAAAAAAAUCAUACCUAUAGAGGAGAUAUACUAACAGGCAGACUGGUCGCAUAGAGAACCGAAGCCCCCCGCCAUGCAAGCCCAAGAUCUCCUGAGACAGCUGCGGAUGCCCGAGAUGGGGGACAUGCGGCAGAUCGUGCGGAGCCUCCCCGCCAACACGCUGAUGGGCAUGGGUGCCUUCGCCGCCAUCACCACCUACUGGUACGCCACCCGGCCCAGGGCCCUCAAGCCGCCCUGCGACCUCUCCCUGCAGUCCGUGGAGAUCGAGGGGGGCGAGUACGCCCGCAAGUCGGUGCUGAUGGAGGGAGAUAAGCCCAUGACCCACUUCUACGACGACGCCCAGACCAUGUACGAGGUCUUCCUCAGGGGCGUCCAAAUGUCCAAUAAUGGGCCCUGCCUAGGAUCGCGGAAACCAAACCAGCCGUACGAGUGGCUGUCCUACCAAGAGGUGGCAGACAAAGCUGAGUACCUGGGCUCCGCCCUGCUCCACAGAGGCCACUCCCAAGACAGCGACAAGUUCAUCGGCGUCUUUGCACAGAACAGGCCUGAGUGGACAGUUGCAGAGCUGGCCUGCUAUACAUACUCCCUGGUGUGCGUCCCUCUAUAUGACACGCUGGGCACAGAGGCCAUCAACUACAUCAUCGACAAAGCUGCCAUAGCCACCGUGGUGUGUGACGUCGCUGACAAAGCCCAGCUGAUCUUGGACUGCGUGUCGGGCCGGAAGCACUCCAUCCGCAUCCUCAUUCUCAUGGAGCCCUUCGACGCCGACCUGGUGGCCAAAGGGAAGAAGUGCGGCAUUGAGAUCAUCAGUAUGAAGGAAAUGGAGGAGAUUGGAAGAGCCAACCACAGGAAACCAGCGCCUCCCAGUCCUGAUGACCUGGCCAUCAUCUGCUUCACCAGCGGGACUACAGGAAACCCAAAGGGAGCGAUGCUGACGCACAGAAACGUGGUGGCCAACUGCGCAGCUUUCAUUAAAAUAACCGAGGUGCACUGUCCGCUAACCCGAAGCGACACUCACAUGUCCUACCUGCCCCUCGCCCACAUGUUUGAGAGGGUGGUGCAGGGGGUGGUCCUGUGCCACGGGGGCCGUAUCGGGUACUUCCAGGGGGACAUUCGGCUCCUGAUGGACGACCUGAAGACUCUGCGCCCCACUGUGUUCCCCGUGGUCCCCCGCCUGCUCAACCGCAUGUUCGACAAGAUAUUCGGGCAGGCCAACACCCCGCUGAAGAGGUGGCUGCUGGACUUUGCGUCCCGGCGGAAGGAGGCAGAGCUUCGGAGCGGGGUGGUGAGGAGGGACAGCAUGUGGGACAAACUCAUCUUCAGUAAAGUGCAGGCCAGUUUAGGAGGACGGGUGCGGCUCAUGAUCACCGGAGCGGCUCCUGUUUCCCCGACCGUGUUGACGUUCCUGCGUGCAGCGCUGGGUUGCCAGUUCUAUGAAGGGUACGGCCAGACAGAGUGUACGGCAGGCUGUACGAUGUCAAUGCCUGGGGACUGGACUGCAGGUCACGUUGGACCUCCACUGCCCUGCAACUUUGUGAAGCUGGUGGAUGUAGCUGAGAUGAACUACUUUGCAGCCAAUGGAGAGGGAGAGGUGUGUGUGAAAGGACCAAACGUUUUCCUGGGGUACCUGAAAGAUGAUGAGAAAACAAAAGAAGCCAUCGAUGAGGAUGACUGGCUCCAUACCGGCGACAUCGGGAAGUGGCUUCCGAACGGUACUCUGAAGAUCGUGGACAGGAAGAAACACAUUUUCAAGCUGGCUCAGGGGGAGUACAUCGCCCCAGAGAAGAUCGAGAACAUCUACAUCCGCAGCGACCCCGUAGCGCAGGCCUUUGUUCAUGGGGACAGUCUGCAGGCGUGUCUGGUGGCCAUCAUUGUGCCGGACAGCGACUUCCUGCCCGGGUGGGCGAAGAAGAAGGGCAUCGAGGGGUCGUACAGCGAGCUGUGCAAGAGCAAGGAGCUGAAGAACGCCAUCUUGGAAGACAUAGUGAGCCUGGGAAAAGCGGGAGGACUGAAGUCCUUUGAGCAGGUGAAGGACAUCACCCUGCACCCCGAGAUGUUCUCCGUGCAGAACGGCCUUCUCACGCCCACCCUCAAGGCCAAGCGCAACGAGCUCCGCAACUACUUCCGCGAGCAGAUCGACGAGCUCUACUCCAGAAUCAAGAUGUAGCGGCCGGCCCGGAGGGACCGAGAGGAGGGGGGGGAGACAAUCACCCUGGAAGCCAUAGCCACCGCCGCCCCUAGCAACGGCCGUCAGGGAGACAGGAUGAUCUCAUCGCACGGGCCGUGGUUUCUUUCUUUUUUUUGUUUUCUUUACUACCUGCUGGAUGUUCUGAUGCACAGUCGGACCGCUACCAGUCAGAACGGUCAGAGCAUAAGAAUUAGAGAGAGGUCUUUUUGAGAUCAGAACAGGAGGAGCCUGUUGCCUUGAUCCAGCCCGUUUCAGCCUGAAUGGGCUCACCUCACCCCCUUCACCUAAAGCACAGAGCUAGUGUGGGGUGUUAAAAAUCCUAUCACUGUCUCUUAAAUGGCACCUAGGGCUGUCCUGACAAAAAUAUUCUAUACAUAAACUGCAGACAUGUGUAUAUAUUAUACAUAUACAUAAACAUGUCUGUAGUUUAUGUUAUCAUCUAACAUGUACACAAC